UAUAUAUUACCUACGUAGAUUUUUAUUACAGGCUCAAAAUCAAGCUUAUGGUGUCCUAGUCAAUCGUUACGUUCAUGGUGGUAGAAAAAAUGGAGCCGAAAAGCCGCGAUGUUGAUUGUGAUUUUAGUGCUCUGGUGAAGAACCACAUCAGAGUAUUGGCUGACUGUAUCAAAAUAUCCAACAGUUUACCAGUCGGUUCAGCGAGAAAUAAUUUCGUCGCCUGUUUCCCCGAAUACGGAAAUGAUAUCCAACCUUAUACUGAUCAGUUGGAGAAUAUGAUGUCAGAUGUUCUCAGAAGCGAAGGAUUGAAAACAAGUAUACGAUCGUGCGAUAACGAAGAGAAAGUAGAUUUGGUCGUAGACGGUGUGAACAGAAUAUUAGACCGAGUGAAACGUAAUAUCGACCAAAUCAAUGGUAUUGCUCCGAAAAACGACUCGUUCGUGUCAACUAAUGGACCCGAUGCUGAUACCACAAAAUACGUCAAACAAGGAUUUUUCAAACGAAGACCAACCAAUAUGGCUAGAGUACAUGUUAAACCGCAAUUAAGUUUCAAAGUUAGAGUUGACAAUUCUAAAGAUCCAUUUAAGCCGAAUAUUUUAGAAAAGCCGAAUUCGUUGAAACCUUUGGAUUUAGCUUUGGAAAAAGGCCCUGGUGGUGCAUUAAGAUAUAGUCAUCCUUAUUUGUAUGAAAUUAAUUUCUUCGCUCCUCCUCGCGCUCAUUUACGUAAAGUUCAACCUCAAGCGCCAUGGGAUGUGAAUGAGAAACCUGAAAUAUUCGUCGAAACCUCCGAACAACUCAAACAAAUGCUUCGAGAUUUAUUAAAGCAGACGGAAAUCGCAGUAGAUCUGGAACAUCACGAUUACCGUUCGUAUCAAGGAUUUACUUGUUUGAUGCAAAUAUCCACUAGAAAGGAUGAUUAUAUUAUCGAUGCCAUAACACUGAGAGACGAAUUACACAUACUUAAUGAAGUAUUCACCGAUCCUGCCAUCGUCAAGGUCUUCCAUGGAGCUGAAUUGGAUGUCGAAUGGUUGCAAAAAGAUUUAAAUUUGUACGUAGUCAAUAUGUUUGAUACAUUCUUCGCUGCGAUGGAAUUGAAUUUUCAUAGACUGGGUUUAGCAUUUUUAUUAGAACAUUAUUGUAAUGUGAAGGCAGAUAAACAGUAUCAAUUGUACGAUUGGCGUAUCAGACCUUUAGAUCCAGCUGCUCAAGCUUACGCGAGAAGUGAUACUCAUUAUUUACUCUACGUGUACGACAGAAUAAGAAAUGAUUUGAUCGAUAAAGAUUGCGGUGAUACGAAAUUAGUCGAGAGUAUAUUUAAUCGAGCUUCUGACAUUUGUAAAAAACGUUACGAGAAACCCAACGACGAAGUAGGGCUCACGAAGAUGAUCAAGGAUUGCAAACGUAAUUUAGAUAACCGUCAAUUAUUCGCUUUAAGACAUUUAUACUUAUGGAGAGAUGAAAUAGCUCGUAAAGAAGAUGAAAGUUUGAGAUUUGUUCUACCGAACCAUAUGCUAUUUCGUCUAGUCGACAUGUUACCUCAAGAUAGGAAUGGAAUUUUAGGAUGUUGCAACCCGAUACCUAUUUUAGUGAGGAAAAAUCUCGAUAGGAUAUUCGAUAUCAUCAGCGAAGCGCGGAAACAACCCGUACAAAUGAGCUCCAUGCAAAAUUUCACCAAUUCUUUAGCCAUCCGAAGCGCAGCAUUUCUCAGUAAAUUGCAAACACCUCACGAUUUUUCACACCUUGGAGAUUUCAGAAACGAUUUAUCUAAUUUACUGGCUGGAUCCGACAUAAUAGACGUUACAACACCAGAAAAUGAAGCAUGUGUGGAUGUUUUUGUUGAUGACUCCUCCAAGACUUCGAGUAAACAAAUUACUGUUAAAUUCGUAUCCCCUUACGAACGUUAUAAAAGAACUGUGGAAUUCAUGUUGACUGAAGAGGAGAAAGCUAGAUUGGAAAAACAAGAAGAAUCCAAACCUGAAGAAGAGCAGGUGAGAUAUAUUCCGAAAUCUGAACGACAUAAGGAUAAAAAAGUCGAACCAGAAACUAAUUAUUGUACCACGAAACCGGACAAGAAAGUCACCGAUAACGUAUCUUCUAAACGAAAAGCUGAGAAUUCGUUGAAAGAGGUUCCAAAUAAGAAAAUAUCCAAAAAUAUCGCAGAAGCGGACGAAUCGAAGAUUAAAACUGAACCGAACGAUAUCCCUGAAGUUAUCGAUCAAAAUGAAAAAAAAGAAAUCGCGGAAAAUAAAAACAAUCAGACCCAAUCCAAAUCGAAAAACGUGAAUAAAAUUCAAGUCGAUGAUAAACAAAAACAAAACUUCGUCCCGCAUGAUUAUUCAGCUGGAAAUUAUAAAAAGUUUGCAUCCGGAGCUCAAAAAAACGUUCAAAAGUUGUUAAAUUCUAAAAUAAAAUUCGGAGCGAAUAAAAAAAAUCGUAAAAAUUUCCAUCAAGGAGGAGGAUUUACUGGUAAAUCGAAAAAGUGACGAGUUGCCAAUUGAGUUAAUUUCGGCCGAUAUCUCAAUUCUAAAGAAAUGACCGGCGGAAUUGUGCUGUGUGAUCCGUCGAUGAUUUUUUUUUUUAUUUCGUUCUCGAUUCGUUGUGUAGAUAAUGUAAAGUUGAUGUUAUACUUUUUCGAAGGUAUAUUUUUGGUUUCUUUGGACAAUAUUGAAGCUGACUACCAGAAUUUUUUUCCUUUUACCGUUCGUAAAAUGAAAUUAAAUCGAUUUGUUUUUUGGA